CGCCAUCGCGCUGCCAGAUUUACCGCCAGGCACAAAGACGGCUUCUUCAUUAAUUUGAUUGCUGCUCCUUUGGACGGCUCGGCCACUCUCCCGAGCACUUCUCCUGCGCUGCCUCCAGCAUACACUCCGCCUCGCCAUUUUCGUUGCUGCUGCUGCUAUACCCAUUUGACUGCUCCCCUCCAAACAACCACCCUGCACGACCAGUGCCACCACAGCUGCGGCAUUGCGACACGGCUACCAAGCUCUCCUGCAGGCCUCGGCUGCUGAGGCCAAGCACCGAGACAGACACGCGAGGUUUAGACGAGGAGGCAUCGUUCCAAGACAGCAGACGGUCCCGACUGACUCUGGCACCGGGCUACGACGAGCGCCUGCCUCUCCACGCGCCACUCUCUGUCGCGCUCCUUCCCGAUUCCAACGACCAGCUGAGGAGCUGAGUGACGGCCCACUGGCCGUAAUCCGAUCCUCGAGAUGCCAGGCGUAAAAGGUCUCGCUGCCAUGUUUGAGCAGCGAGGCGACACGAGCCCGCCCGAUCUGACCAGAGGCAGAUCCCCAAAUGCUCUUUCCGGCACCCCUCCUCUGUCCGACUCGCCACGGCCCCUCUCCAAGAUUCGUACUCAAUUUGUUGCAGUUGAGAAGGACGGCAGGAUAGGUCUUACGCGCGGGAUAAGCACAGAUUCCAUGACAAGCUCCAGUAGACGAACCAGUAACGAGACGGGGACCGCUACACCGCAACCACGAUCCGAUCCCACUUCAGAUCCUUUUACCGAGUCCACCCCGGCCUUCCGGAAGAUCACGUCCAACCCAAUAUCGGUGCCCCAAUCCAGACCAGAGUCGCCCCAGAAACCCUUGACGUCGCUGGGCAGGAUGUCGCCACUGAAAGCUUCUGGGACCAGCACACCUGAGGUGAUGCCGAACGCGAAUCCGGACAAGAUCACCGACGAGGAGGAGACCAAGACCAAGCUGCAACCGGGUCUUCCGACUGAGACGAUUGCCACGAGGGCCGUCAACAGCACGGUUUCCAAUGGCAUUGGCGAUAGUUUGACACGCGCAGCCGCCACAACAACGUCAACCAAAGAAGUGGCUGGUGCAAGCACGAAUGCGUCGACAAAGACCAAACCCGCUUCCAUAUUGACAGCAAAGUCAGCCACCAAAGCUCCUAAGUCACCAUUACCCUCGAAAGCGCCCAAAUCACCGCUCCCUCCCAAGGCUCCCAAAAGCCCAGCGAAGGAGAGUCUGAAGGUCCCCGCGCCUGCGCCCGCAAAGAAGACUUCGGCGGUCAACCUAAGAGAUUCGCACAGGAAGGCUGCAGCUUCCUCCACAGCUGCUCCCAACACUGCCAGUACUAAGAAGCCUGCUACGCUCGAGCUUCCUCAAAGUGGCAAUGGCUUUGUCAAACCAAAGGUCAAAUCGCCUACUCGUCCGGUCAAAUUGCCUGCUGGACUGACCUCGCAGACUGCCUCUUCGUCGUCGAGAGCCAACAACACGACAGGUGCAGUCCCAGCGAAACAGCCUGCCAAGCGCUCACGCUCUCUGGCUCCAUCAACGUCGUCGCAACGACCAGCCAGCCGUAUCAGCACGGCAGGUGCUAGCGAUGGCACUCGGACUCUGCGACGCCAGAGUUCUUCAAUCAAUGGUGGUCGUCAAAGCAUUGGCAGUAUCGGUCCGCCACCAAAGCCGAACCCCAAGGACCAGGUUGCACCCAAAAAGGACUACCAUGUGGACGAAAGCUUCCUCGCCCGGAUGAUGCGCCCUACCCAGAGCAGUGCCAGCAAGACCACGGAUAAGGCCCCAGUGACACCGCCUCGUAAACCGGCCGCCUCGAAAGCACCAACCAAGCACAUCGUUGGCGUUGAUGCAACGGCAAGUGCGAAGAAGGCUGCUGCGAAGAUUCAAGCUUCAGGCAGCGCAAAGACCCGAGACGGAACUUCGGCAAAACCAAAGGAUAUUUCUCCUGUGACCAAAACUGCAUUGGUCGGUACCACGAAGGAGACAACUCAACCUCUGGAGAGCAAGCCCGCCCCUGUCGGCCCUAUCGAGCCUGCUGCUUUGACCGAAACAGCAGCAUCCGGUCUGGGGAGCAAGAUGGAUGACCUCACUAUACAUAACGAAAGCAGUAACAUCAGCGAAGUUGCGGUCGAGCAUGGGGUUGUCGAGCAAGCCCCAGAGGAGCUCCCAGAGGUGUUUGUUGACUCCGAGAAGACCGAAGAGGUUCUUCCAAUGGAACCUACUGCUGCGGUCACCGAGGAGCCACUCAGAGUCGAAGACAUCGAGGACGUGGUUCACGUUGUCGCUGAAGAGAGUGUGGCUACGACAACUGACACGCACUUGGUAAAGGAUGAGGCUGCUGCGAUCAUCAGCCCGGACGAGACUGAGGUCACCGCUGAGCCAAGCGAGGAAGCUAAGGAAGAGACGCCAGCAGAGGUGGCAGUAUAAUGCGAUUGGGACUAUGGCGCGCGCUCGUCAAAGGGGUAUCCGGGUCCGAGCCCGUGAUCCGAAAGCAUGCCGUUGUAUUUUGCAUUGCACCUGUUAUCUUCAACACACCUGUACAUUUUCGAUUCACCUUGAGUGCAUAGAGUCGCUCCUGCGACUCGUGUUGGUCACAUAAGUCGGCGCGGCGUUGUCUUGGAGAGUUUGAGCGUUUUUGCAUUCGAUCAGCAGUGGAAAAGGAUCCAGGUCACAUUAUUAUUAAAUACUUUUUAAAUCCAUAUCU